UUUUUUUUUUUCCUUCCUCUUGUUCCAAUGACCAGUCGGCCAAUCGUGGGGGUGUCCAGCAGUGGCGGCGCCGGCUCCGGCCCCGUCGGCGUCGGCGGAGUGUCUGGCAUGGGCAUGGGCGCUUCUGUCAACAGCGGCCUUCCCCUUGGCGGCCUCGGGGCGGGCGUGAGCGGCGUUGGACCGAGCGGCAGCAGCGUUGGCGGAGUUGCUUCAGCAAGCAGCUUGGCCGUGUCAUCGAGCUCUGCUGCUGCUGCUUCGAGCUCUGGAGCAUCGGGCACUGCCAUCAGUGGGCCGACGAUGCUGCAGUACGGGCGCAGCUGCGAUCUGCUGGUCCACCUGCACGUCAAGAUUAUCAAACUCGAGGGUUUUCGACCAGACAUUUCGUUCCAAACCAAGUUGGACAACGCGUACAUGCGCUACUCGGGCCAGUCACUCAGCGAUCGUCCCGAUUUUUUCGUGACUUGCCAAGUGUUCUCGGAAGGCAAGCCGCUCGGUCUGUCUUCCAAAACGCGAUUCAAGGCGUUUUCAAACGAAAUUGCAUGGAACGAAUGGCUAACGCUUCCCAUCGCGUACCGCGAUCUGCCACGCGACUCGGUGCUUGCCAUCACUGUGUGGGACAUCUUCGCACCACGCCGCAUCAUUCCGAUUGGCGGCAGCACCAUUUCCCUCUUUGGCAGGAACGGCACACUCCGAAAAGCAAAUCACAGGCUGCAUCUUUGGCCCUACGUCGAAGCCGAUGGCAAAAACCCCACAACCACACCAGCCAAGCAAGGAGAUGUCGACGAGAGUGACCGGCUCGAGUCGCUGAUCAAAAAGUAUCAACGCCACGAAAUGGACCGAAUCGAUUGGCUGGAUAGUGCUGCGUGGCAGGCGAUCGCCCAAGUCCAGCAGCGCAUGUCCAACGCAUCCCGCGAGACAUUCCUCUACAUUGAGUUUCCUCGUUUCAAUCAUGCCAUCGUCUACCAUGAAACGGACGCCGAUGAACGCUACACCAUGCCGCCAGUAUCGGCAGACGUGAGCUUUGUGCAUGAUCCAGACCUCCAUCGUGACAAUUUGGUCGAAGCCAAACACAAAAAACUAACACGCAACCACCGCCAUGGACCGCUGGAUCGUUUACUCAAGCCGAACGCCCACAUUCGCGAUACUUUGUUUAUGCUGGUCAAAUACCCUCCAACAAAAGUCCUGGUGGGCGACGAAAAGGAUUUGUUAUGGCGAUUCCGGUACCAUCUGGCCCGUGACAAGCGAGCGCUGACCAAAUUCUUGAAGGCCGUUGAUUGGCUUGAAUCCGACCAGAUCAAGCAGGCCACCACGUUGCUGGCCUUGUGGGAUCCGAUCGAUAUCGACGAUGCCCUCGAGCUGCUGUCCUCGCAAUUUACCGAGCCAGCUGUGCGCGAAUAUGCCGUGACUCGCCUAGAGCGCGCCGCUGACGAUGACCUGACGAGCUACUUGCUUCAGCUCGUGCAGGCUGUCAAGUUUGAAGGCAUUGUGCUUGAUUCGCGUUCCUCCACCCUCGAGGACAACCUUGCUGCAGCCAAUGUGCCUCUGACCAACACCAUUGGCAGCGGUGCCAACUCGCAGGCUGCGCUGGACGCCAGCAACCCGGACUCUGAAUCCAAUUUCGGCGACAAGUCUGACGACGAUUCCCAGUUUUCCGUCAUGAAUCAAUCCUCUCUUGUGCGCUUUCUCAUCUCCCGUGCAGUCCAAAAUACCGAGCUUGCCGUAUUUUUGUAUUGGUACUUUGUUGUCGAGUUUGAAGAUGCCAAGCAUGGCCGCAUUUACCGCGCCGCGUCUGCGGACUUGCGCAAAACACUGAUGCGGGAUCCUUCAAAGCGCUCCGUUGUCAGUAUACUCAACCGCCAAGAACGGUUGGUGACUUCUCUCGUCACCAUCUACAAAGAUUUGAAGGCGACCAAAGAAUCACGAGACAAAAAGAUCACCCGAUUGGUUGCCAUCCUGAGCGAGCGCUCGGAUUUGCUGCAUUUCGAUCCGUUGCCCCUCCCCCUCGAUCCCCGUGUCAAAGUGGUGGGCAUCAUGGCUUCAAACGCGUCCAUGUUUAAGAGUGCGCUGACACCCUUGCGCAUUACCUUCCUGACCGAGGACAACCAGCAAUAUGUCACCCUUUUCAAAUCGGGCGACGAUUUGCGCCAAGACCAACUCAUCCUCCAAAUCAUUUCUCUGAUGGACCGGCUUCUCAGAAAGGAAAACUUGGACCUGAAGCUCACACCCUACAAGGUGUUGGCCACGAGCAGCGAGAACGGGUUGGUCCAGUUCGUCAACGCCAUGCCUGUCGCGGCUGUGCUUGAAAAACACGGCUCCAUCCAGGCGUACUUGCGCAAGUCGGACAGCUCCGUGUCGCAGGAGGUCAUGGACACGUACGUCAAGAGUAUGGCCGGGUACUGCGUCAUUACGUAUCUUCUUGGCAUUGGCGAUCGUCAUCUCGACAAUCUGCUGCUGAGCGAGUCUGGCAACCUGCUCCACAUUGACUUUGGUUACAUUCUCGGGCGCGACCCGAAGCCCUUCCCACCGCCAAUGAAGCUCGCCAAGGAAAUGGUUGAAGGCAUGGGUGGUGCCAAUUCCGUGCACUACAAAAAGUUUUUGGCGCACUGCUACAACGCCUUCCUGAUUCUACGCAAGUCCUCCAACCUCAUUCUCAACUUGUUCACUCUGAUGGUUGACUCAAGCGUACCUGACAUUGCCAACGAGCCAGACAAGGCCGUAAUGAAGGUCCAGGAAAAGUUCCAACUCCAGCUAUCGGACGAGCAGGCCGUGCAGUUCUUCCAACAGCUGAUCGACGAGAGCGUUAGCGCGCUCUUUGCGCAGAUUUCCGAGACCAUUCACAAGUGGGCCCAGUACUGGCGCAAGUAGUUUGGUUUGGUGUUUUGUUGAACGAGCCCAAUGCCAAAAGCUAUUGUUGUAACAAUGAUGAAAAAAAAAAGUUGUAAAUGCAAAGAUUCGUAGAUAUUAACGCA